AUGUGGCCACAGAGCCCAGCUGCACUUAAGGAUGGCACACUCUGGACGCGUAAGAUUCAUUUGGAGUUUUCGCUUCAGGUGUUUCUCUGGCUGCCACCAGCCCAACAGCUUAUUUUACAUCUCCUCCCAGCCGGAUCUGAGUGGGACCCAGCAGUUCUGUCAUUUGGGGACUUCCAGCGAGCGUUUGCUGGGGCAUGGGUUCCGGUUGUCUGGAGUCCGAGCCAGUGGAUCCAUCUAGUGCAGGCCUCCGAGGUCUCCCACACGGCAAAUGUUCUUGUGGAAAGCUGUGGGGAACUCACCGCACAAUCUGUUGGCAGGAUUGUCUCUCCGCAAACCUUUGCUGCCGACCGCGGGUUGGAUGCACCUCGGCUCGGGCCUCUUGGCGUUCCUCGCGACCGAGUCAUCGACCGAUGGCAUCUCCGGGAUGGAGACGUCGUGUAUGAUCACUCCGGCCCUGCUUCUGACUAUGUAGUCUGGGAUGUCAGCAGGCUGAGCUCUAGUAUCUCCCUUCCUCUUCUUGCCCUUUUGCUUGGCGGACGUGGCGGUGUGCACGCAGGUCUCUCUCUCUCACUGCUCGCUUUCAUUAGUCACAGAGGUGGGGCUGUGCGUGACAGGUCGCGCUCGGCCCGCCGGCACAGUGAUACUGAGGAAGACUGCUCAGUCGCGAUGGUCGGACGGUGGAGACCGGAGCUGCCGCAACCUCUGGCUGAAGUUGUCUCCUCCCAGCGCUGGGAUUACCAUAUCCUGUGCCCCUUUCGGGGCUGGAGCAGUUGCAUACAUGCCGCACCCACCACCCCGCAUGAUGCCCUUCAAUCGAUGGUUGACUCCUGCAGCGGGCCCUGGGCUAGAGGGCACGUUGUCUUGGGCCCGAGUCGUAUUACGGGCUCGGGGAUUGUCCUGCCCAUUGCCGGUAGCGGUCUGGCCUCGAUCGUUGCACAUGCUGGAGAUACUACUCGGGCAGUUCUGGUUCCGCGCGUCUGUCGCCUGCACACGCUCUUGGAUUGUUGCCGUCGCUUUCUGGGGGCACCUGGGGACCGUCUUAGUCUGCCGCCAGCCUUGACAUACCCACAGAUGGCCCCCGAUGCCCUGUUACAACUUCGCGAUGGGGAUUCCGUUGUGCUCGAGAUGGACCACUUCAAUCGCGCAUGCCGUGUCCGACCUGAUGCGGCGGUGCACGACCUGUAUCGUCUGAACCACCUCAGCCUUUGGAACUCCAAGUUCAAGGUCAGGAAGUGUCUGGAUGCCUUCCCAGUGCCAGUUCGCGCCACCACGGGGCGACGUUUGCAGGGGAAUUCCACCAGCGGUACCCGGGACGCUGGACCCCUGUCCCCUGGGCUUACUCUGACGACGUCCACCUGCAUCACUCGCCUGCUUGGCAUCCCAGACGGGGUUGACAGUUGGCCCCCACUCCGCGACGGGGACAUACUGCAUGUAGUGUCACUACGCGCCUUGCUCCCAGCUCCGCUGGGGCUGUGCGACACUGGUUGUGGAGUCCCCACCGGGGACGCCUGGGUAAAGCCCCAGCCUUGGGAUGCAGAGGUCCACUGGGUUCCACGGGCCACGUCUGCCGAUCUUGCUACGGUUCUGGUCCUAGGCCGACCAGGGCCCGCGGUCAUCACCCUGCCCUGCCUGAUCCAAAAGGCACUUUUCUUAUCAAAGUUCUGCAGGGUCAUUUCCCUACAGCGACCUGCGUACGAGGUAAUCACCCAGCCCUGGGACCCUCCGCCCCGGCGGCCUCUGAUAUCCCUUUGCGUGAUGGUGACUUACUCGCUGGGACCCUCCCUGCCAUUUUACUCGACAGCUAGGUUCGACAGCCCUCUGGCGGCGCAGAGGCGAGGCCUGUGGAGCCAGGAUCUUACCUUUGAAGGAUCUGGCGUUGUCCUGCUCCAUCGGAGCCCAGACGCAUUGCCCAUUGUCGUUCCGCUGACGGGGCCCCAACGAUGGAAUGCUAAAGCGUGCUCUCUUCAUCCCGCGCUGCUGGCGUGGCCGGACGCGUGGUGGCCAUGUCCUUUCAGCACAUACAGCCAAGACGGCCUUCAUCUUCGAUCCCUCGCUGACUUCACAGUGCCAUCGGAUGAUAGUGUGCGGCCUUGCCAAUGGGCCUCCAUCGGAGAUAGCUCCGAUUACGGUUGGGGCUGGAGACGCGGCUGGCAUUCCUAG